ACAUCAGCAAUGCUGAUCAGGAAGCUUUUGGCGUUUGCCGUACUUUCAGCAGUGAAGGAAACUAUAGGUACGUCUAUUAAGUACCUCUCGGGACCUGCACCUGUUGAGACGUUGCUUGGACUUGGCGUGACCUCGAGGACUUACUCCAACAUUGGCCCUCUCAUGUGCGCGCUGAUGGCUGAGGUGGAUCACUUCCCUGCUGAAACUUUCUGCGUGCACAAAACAAACGGUGAAUGCCUGCUCCUCAACUCGACGUAUCUGGCUUUGUUCAACCGAAGUUACUCAACUACUGAUGAUUACGACUGCUUCAAGCGAGAAAACGAUCUUGUUCCAGUUGCCCCUCCCUGCCAGACCGGCUUCGACUGGGUUGCAGACGUUGGGUGUGUGGUUGUGAUGGAGACACGAGUCACGUACGACGUCGCUAAGGCCUCGUGUCCUAGCGGCUCCCAGCUCGUCUCUCUCUACUACGACAACUUCUGGAAGCUUGCUAACUACGUCCUGAAAAACUCUUACCAGAAAUAUGGUCAAACUGGUUACAUUUUGUACCACUUGGGGGUUCACCGCAUCAACCGCGUGUGGAUUUGGCGGACUGGCCAAGUGAUGCUCUCCUCGCCAAAGACGGACGUUUGGGGGCCUGUCGACCCCAACGAUGACUCGGACUGUGCAUUCAUGCAGAUCUACUCAGGCGAAAUGUCCAUCUACAUGGUGGACAACCCGUGUACGUCCCUCGCCCGCUAUGUGUGUGCGCUGCAAUGA